GCGUCAUUUCCGGCUGCUGCAGCAUUCUCACAACAUACCCGUUUGGGAGCUAGCGCCACAUCUACUGUCGGGACGUUUACCGGGACAGAGAAGAGACGAACAUGUCAGACACGGAGACAAAACCUUCCGGUCAGGAUGCGGGCGACAAGAAGGAUGGAGAGUACAUCAAACUAAAAGUCAUCGGCCAGGACAGCAGCGAAAUCCACUUCAAGGUCAAAAUGACGACACAUCUAAAGAAGCUGAAAGAGUCCUACAGCCAGAGACAGGGCGUCCCAGCCAGCACGUUACGGUUUCUGUUUGAGGGCCAGAGAAUCGCAGACAACCAGACUCCCAAAGAGCUGGGGAUGGAAGACGAAGACGUCAUCGAGGUUUAUCAAGAACAGACCGGUGGACUUUGGACCGAUUAAAUUUCCAGUUUCCUCCUUUUUGCUGAUUUUCUAUUUUAUUUUGUAUGGAUGUAAUUUUGGUUCCGUUUCAAACCAUCUGGAUCUGAUCGGGCUUCCAGCGCUGGACGUUAGAUUUUACUGCUGAUGGUUUCAGGUUCUGGUUUUAAUACAUGUUUGUUGUUAAAUGAUAAUGUUUUCUGGCUCUGAAGCAAUCGAGCGUUUCUGCUUUUGAAAGGUUUAAAGUCUGAAAACGUCCUUGAAAUAUUCAAACUGAAUAGAAUCGGAUGAAAACGACCAAAUGUAGAUUUUUAUAAUUUUUUUCUGAUUUGGAUUUUAUUGAAGUAAAAAUCAGCUGAUCAGUUUUCAGGGAAGAAAAGGAUUUAUUCUGACAGAAGCUGAAGCAGCUGCAGUUUGCUCGGUGGGCACCAGGGGGAGCUGGUGGUUUUCAGGGGAUCCGCAGCAACUCGCAGAGAGGUCUCACUCUGACUGGUUUCUGCGGGUCGAGCUUUCAGUGAAAUGACUGACUUAAACUCGGAUCAUGUUUUCACCUUAGCGUUAGUGCACCGGAAUGCUACGUCUCCUCAGUUGCAGCUUCUGGAAUCAGAUUUUCUAUUUAAGUUUGUCGUUUUAAACUCUGAGGAUGGAAAUGCUUCCUCUGAGUGAGGAUGAAGAGGCUGGCUGUGUAAACUGGGAGAUACUUUCUCCACUGCCACUCGCUUCUCCCAGGUGGGGUUAGAAACGGCUCUGCCUCCCUCCAGGCUCAUCAUCAUCAUCAUCAGGGGAACCGCGAUGCAGAUGGUUUGAAAUUUUGGAAAUGAGCUGUUUCUCUUUUUUUCAAUAAAAUAUUUAAGAAAAGUCGACUUUACAGUUUUAUUAAACCAGUGUGUUUAUUUAGGGGUAAACACAAAUGCACACCACACUUUUCAGAUUUUUGUUUUAAGAGAUUAGGUCAUUUGGACCAGACCAGAUUUUCAGUCUGCGUGAAACCACUGUUUGGGGAACUGACGGUCUGAUGGGAUCCUGCAGCUUAACAGGAUAAAGAUCACAGCUGCCAGGCCUCUGCUGGCAGAUAACCUCAGAUUAUAUUCCCAUGAAUAUGAAUAUGAAACGUGUUGAAGCUCCUUCAGUUUGGGAUUAGCGUCCAGGAACUUCGGCUUCCCUCCAAAAUAAGAGACUUGGGAAUGUUGCAUGAUGGAACCUUUAAAACUGAUUUCUCUGUUCAUCUUAAAUAAAAACGAUGAUUACACAAAAACUACAAUAAGUUACUAGAAAAUAUGAUUUAAAUAUUAAAAUCACCUGGAGAUAAAUUAGGAUUUGGCUUUCAGCAGCAAAACAAUCAGCAGCAACACGACGAAGAUGUAGAACUGGGCCUACUGGGCCUAGAGGGAAAGGACCGGUACCAGUAGCAGGACCUGGUCUCUUCAUGUCAUACUUCCAGUUUCUGGAGAAAUAAAGUCAAUCAGUUCCAAAGCAGCAUUUCUGUUUUUGUCUGAAUUGUUGAAGCUGAACAAA